AUAAGUGUGGUGUUUUCCUAAAUCCAAAGGACAUCAUCCCUUUUUGGUGUAGUAUCCUUCCGUGUGUUUAGAUCAAGGUCACCGUUGCGUCACGCCGAUGACGUAAGCACGUAUUUUUUAUCUAUUUAUUUUUUUUACCUCAGAAAGGAAACCUGAGGACGCAGUUACCGUCACGCGCCAGCAGGCGUCGACCCAAACACUCACUGCCUCCCGUCCUCUCCUCCUCCCUUCGUGUCGUGCUUUUACGCCCUCCUUUUCCUCCAAACACACGAACCGCAAGUAACACCGGCAGCUUUAACUAUUGUCACACUGUCACCGGAGGAGGAACGUCACAUGAAGCCAUAAUAAUCCGGAAUAACGGGACAAAACAGCGAGAUCUGCCAGGGGACGGUGAAUCGACAGAAAUCCCAAAUACAAAAACACUCUGCAAAGACGUGCACUCUUGACGCCUUAAACACUGAAGAAGUUCAGGGAGCCAGAUAAAUGGCUGACAAACAGAUCAGUUUGCCUGCCAAGCUAAUAAACGGCGGUGUGGCAGGACUGAUCGGCGUUACCUGCGUGUUUCCCAUCGAUCUGGCCAAAACCCGCCUUCAGAACCAGCAGAAUGGAUCUCGCCUCUAUACCAGCAUGUCAGACUGCCUUAUUAAGACCAUCCGCUCAGAAGGAUACUUCGGCAUGUACAGAGGUGCGGCGGUGAACCUGACUCUCGUCACUCCUGAAAAAGCCAUCAAGCUGGCGGCAAAUGAUUUCUUCAGAUUUCACCUCUCUAAGGACGGGCAGAAACUCACUCUACUGCGAGAGAUGCUGGCCGGCUGCGGGGCGGGAACAUGUCAGGUCAUCAUUACAACACCAAUGGAGAUGCUGAAGAUUCAGCUGCAAGAUGCCGGAAGAAUUGCGGCCCAGAGGAAGCUCAUGCCUCAGGCUGUGACCCCCGUGGAGGUGAAGUCCCAAACAGCUAUGCAACUCACCAGACAGUUACUGAAGGAAAAGGGCAUCGCUGGUCUUUACAAGGGCCUGGGAGCCACGCUGCUCAGGGAUGUCCCGUUUUCUAUCAUUUACUUCCCUCUGUUUGCUAAUCUGAAUGAUCUGGGGAAGAGAGGAGUCGAGGGUCCCGCUCCCUUCUACGUCUCCUUCUUAUCGGGCUGCAUUGCGGGCAGCACAGCGGCCGUCGCCGUCAACCCUGUAGAUGUGAUAAAGACCAGGCUACAGUCGCUGACACGAGGGAGUCAAGAGGACACUUACAGCGGGGUGACCGACUGCAUCAGGAAGAUUCUUCGCAACGAAGGUCCCGCCGCUUUCCUGAAGGGGGCGUACUGUCGAGCUCUCGUCAUCGCGCCGCUCUUCGGCAUCGCUCAGGUGGUUUACUUCCUCGGCGUGGGCGAACUCAUCUUGAGCUACCUGCCCAAACGAAACAACUAGCCACCCAUCCCAUCAUGCAUUGCACCAGUCGGUUCCCCGCCCCCGCACAUUAUCCCGAAAGAUCAAAGCGUAACGUGGGGCCAGUCUGACUGAUUUUAAUCGUUUGUUGUUGUGCCGUUUUUGUUCAAAGCGCCGUGUGUUUUGAUCUGAAUGUGGUGCUUUUAGUAAUGAGCGUAACGUGAGAUUAUGUUUGCCAAGCUGCCUGUUUUUUAGUUUUUUGUCUCACGCCGAGACUAAAUCGUGUUCUUUUACGAGCGUUUAAUCGUUGAGCCAUCGUCCGAUCACUGAUAUUUAAAGCGUAAAAUCAACACUUUGAAUGGUAGAGCUCUUGUUAAUUAUGUACUGAAAUAUCAAACAAACAUGAAGCUCUUUCUGGAACAAGAGGACAUGUCAUGUUGAUUAGUUUGACCUUUAUAUUAGCUGCUUCCGUCUUUCUGACGACCAAAUCUGAAUGACCUUGAGGAAAAGUGUGAGCUGAGAGAAGCAUAUCUCUGUGCCCUAUCAAGGCUUUAUUCGGCGUGUGUUUCAAAAUGACAAGACGCCUCUGGAGGUUAAUUCAAUUUAAUUUCUCAGAAAAGCUGAGAGAGACAUAUCUGUGAAUAUUAGACUUGAAAGCAUCUCUCAAAUUGACUGAAUCAAAAUGUAAAUGCCUCCAACCAGGCCAUUAAAACUUCUGGAAAGUUCCCAGACUUUAGGAGAUAAUCAUUAUAGAUUAUGAGAUUCAUUUUCCAUGGCCACAGGACAAAGAAAAUUAAUGCAAAUGAUUUUUCUUUUUGGCCGAUUCGACUCCAAUUGCUGCUGUUUCACUACUUAGCAUUAGCAUUAGAUAUGGUCUUAAACCUCAUUAAAACACGAUUGUAGAUGGUUUGAAGUUUAAUACAUUUUGGGGAUGGCAAGUUGUUUUUCUUCAGUUAGGACGGGACACAUCAUACAAAGUGUGCAGUCAUGCUGAAAAUACAAGCAGUUCUUACCAGCGUUGUUAUUAAUUACAACUAUUAUAAAACAUAUUGUUAUAAAGUGAAGCUGAAAUAAUAGAAAACGGAAAACUUUUACUAAAUGAAAAUGAGACAUGUUUGGAAUUAGUGGAAUUAAUAAAAAAAAAAAAAUAUAUAUAUAAACAAAAGUUUAUUCAAAAUAUGAAUAGAAACUCUAAAAUUAUAUACUUUAAAUAAAAUGAAAACAAGAAAUGUUGCUUUUGGCACUAAAUUAAAAUAGGUUCAAGUACUAAACGGAAUAAAAAUAAUUAAUGUAAGCUUUUUCGUAUAAUAUAUAUUAAAAAAAAGCAAACAACAAAAUAUAUAUAUGAACUAACUUUAAAAUAAAAUGAAAAUUAAUUUUAUAAAAGUUAAAACUAAUUCAAAAUAUCAAUAAAAACAAUUAGUAUAUAAAUAAGACUAAAAUACCACUGGUUCUCGAUUGCUUGCGCACAAACUCAAAUCAAUUGGGUCUGGGCGAGCAUCAUGUGACCUAAUUAAUAUUCAUGAGAAAAAGAAUGCGUUUGAUAUUGUGUCCAUUUACAGAUUUCCCGCUACAAACAAAUUCACUACAAUAUUAUUAUGAACAUUUUCCAAAUGCAGUUUCCAGGUUCAUAUCUGUCGGUCGAGAUUACUAAUAUACUAAAAUCGAUAGAAAAACGCCAAAGUAAUAUGUGCAUAUCGAUUGUAACCUCGCAAAUCAUGAAUAUUAAUGUGCAUUGGUUGUUUUCCCACGAUGAACCGUCACCCUGCAGUGCAUCAUGGGAGAUUUUAUUAUUCAUUCCAGGUUUUCCGAGAAGCCGAAAAGCACAGACUUUGGAUGGAAGUCAUAUUUAUUGAUAAUCCUGAUGAUGUAAACACACUUCUAGUAUAUCUGGCUAUAUAUUUCUAUGUCUGAUUGUUGAUUACUGUGGACUGUACAUAUGCAGAUGAUGUGCUUUUGGUUUUGUAUGCGAUGGCUCAUUUGCACACCUCCCCGGUCCUUCUCUUUAUGUUUACGCUGUUUGAGCCGGACCUGUGAUGUAUCAGUGUUGGGAUCGUGAGCUUGUUGUUCAGGCUAGUGUGCACUACCAAAGGAACCGAACAAACCCUAACGCUUUCUGUUCUCGUUUACUCACAAAUCUCGAUGUGCAGCCUAUUGAGGGCCCUCAGAUAGACAAUGACUAUGUGUGCAAUGAAGAGCGUAUAAAGCCUGUUUCAUACCGCCAAACGAUUCCUGACCAAAUACCUCUGACUCCUUUCCCAGUUCAUGCUGUAGUACACUGGUUUGCUAAACUGGUCUGGUUAAUAUCUGAAUAUACACUAGUGUUCAAAAGACUGGGGUCACGGAGAUUUCUUUAAUACUUUUAUUCAGCAAGGAUGCAUUCAGUUCAUCUAGCAUGUAUCUCACCCCCAAAUUAAGUAAUUAUCUAUUAGCAACAUUGAUAAUAAUGUUAUAAUGUUGCAAAAAAAAGAAAAAUUAAUAAGAAAUAAUUUUGAAUCAAAGAUUCCUGAAUCAAAGAAGACUGAAAUAAACAAUCUUGAAAAAAAAAUUUAUUUCACGAAAAUAUUAAACACCACAAAUGUCAUCAACUUUAUAAUAAUGUAAAAAAAAAACAAUCAGAAUAUUAAAUAAAUGCACUUUUUUUUGUUACUUUCAAAUAAUUUUGAAUCAAAGAAUCUCGAUGAAAAAAAUCUAACAUGGAUUUCACAAAAAUAUUAAGCAGCACAACUGUUAUAAAUAUUGAUAAUAAUGUCGUAAUGGUGCAAGAAAAUUAUUUCAAAUAAUUACUGUUCUUUUGAUCUUUCAGUGAAUCUUGAAUCAAAAAAGAAUACCCAAUCAAAGAAUAUUGAAAAAAAUCUAUCUCGGAUUUUCCAAAAAUAUUAAGCAGCACAACUGUUAUAAACAUUGACAAUAACUUUAUUUCAAAUAAAUACCGGUAGUGUUCUUUAGAAUUUUCAAAGAAUCUUGAAUCAAAAAAUCAAAGAAUUCCGAAUCAAAGAAUCAUGAAUCAAAGAAUCCUGAAUCAAAGACUCCUGAAAAACAGGUAUCAGUUUCUACAAAAAUAUUAAGCAGCAAAACAGUUUCCAACAUUGAUAAAUUAAAGAAAUGUUUCUUGAGCCGUAAAUCUGCAAUUUAAAAUGAUUUCUGAAGGAUCAUGUGACUCUGAAGACAAUGCACAAGAGCCUAUAUUCAAAGAAUAUUACAAAAAUCUCACCGACCCCAAUCUUUUAAACAGCAGUAGACUGUAAAAUGUCACUAAUGAAUAUGACACUUCUGAUAAAUAAUCAUUAUCCAGAGGUUCAGAGGGUUUAUGGUGCUGUCUAACAAGUAAACAUCUCUAGUCUCGUGACGAUGAGCUUAUUCAGAAACUAUUCAGAUGCUCUUAUUUAUUGUUUUAAGGUCAUAGGUCAGACUUCAUAACCCUUCGGUUACCUCACAUAAAUGAAUGCAAAUGGAUUCAAAUGGAAGUAUGUCUCAAGCCUGACCUUAAUGACCUUGUUUUGCCUUGUAUUUGUUUUGCCAGCGUGUUUUUGAUUACAUUUUUUCCUAAACAUUCCUAAAGAUCUGUGAUUUCUUUCAAUAUUUUCUGCUGUUGUGUGAUGAUUUAGUCUUAUUCAGAUUGUUUUUGGUUUCUAAACUGUAUUUGUUUGAAUCGUGCCUCUGAUUCGCUCGGUGUUUUUUCAGCUGUGAACUCGUUGUGUUUGUGAACGUUGGUGUAUUGUGUGUGUGUGUGUGUGUGUGUGUGUGAGGGGUCAAUAGUGCACACAGGUGUAAAUGAGAGGGCUGUGCGUCUCUUCUCUGUGGUUUAUGCAACACUAAAGUGUGUGUUUCACUCUUUCCCUCUUCUUCCUUUCGCUGUUCUUGAAGGAAUUAGACAGCAGGUGGCAAAAAA